CUAUGAAAGUAAAAAUGAAUGUUAUAUUGCUCGAUUUAUGAACAUCUUGGAAAAAUACUCAUGCCCAAGUAGUAAAAUUACUCAAAUCAUGAUUGUUUAAUGGAUUGGACAUUUUUAGUGAGUAGCCACCAUUUAAACAGAGUCCAAUAAACAAAAAAAUUAAUGUUUCUGAACAGGCCCAAUUCCCUGUGGUGAGUUUAGAAUUUGUGUGAAGAGUAUGUAUCUCAUACAUAGAACGUAAGAUCGCAUACCUACACUCUUAUGUUCCAGUCUUAAACCAUAGGAAUAGAACAUUGAGUGUAGGAAUGCAUACAUAGAAAAAAUUUCGUGUAUGUAUGGAUACAUACUUUGUAGGAAUACGUGCAUAUUUUACAUGUAUUAUUAUGAAACUACCGUUGUUUUUAGGUAACGCCAUCGAAUUAUUUCCAGAUUGUUCCAAUUUACCGUUUUAUUUUCUUCAAUCGCGUCGGAUAUAUAGUUCGGUAGCAAUGUAGCAUUAGCUUGGCAUUUUCAUUUGGUCAAGAGUAGAAAGUGGUUCGUUUGCGUUUCGACCUCGUGGAUUUAAAAAUUAAUUGUGAAUUGUGAAUUAGAAACGAAAAUUAAAAUAAGAAAAAGGAAAUAACAAAGCGGAAUUAAUAUAUUCAGAACGAAAAAUAAAUUGUGAAUUGUGAACUGGAAAAUCAAAAUUAGAAAAAGGAACUCCCCAAAUAAGAAAUUGUGAACUGGAAAAUCAAAAUUAGAAAAAGGAACUCCCCAAAUAAGUAAGCGGAAUUAAUAUAUUCAUGUUGUUGCUUUAAUUAUUGGUAACUUUAAGGUUCUACCAGGCUGUUGUUUUUGUUAGUUGGGAGCUGUUGAUUAAUUUAAGGUUUCAGAAUGGAUACAAACAAUUAUAUAUCAUUGGAACAACCCUCAACUUCUGCGGAGGCCGGGGAAGAACAAAUAAUUUAUACAAUUGUUCAUGAAACAGCAACUAUGUCAGAUGAGUCGCAGUCCCAGUUGAAAAUAAAAGAACUUCUCGGCAGUUGGAAUCUUGGACACCUGUCAGAUUUGUUUAUCUCUGAGCGCAUAACAGUUGAAGUGCUUAAAAUUUUAAAGGAAAAACAUUUUCCUAUGCUUUUCAAAAACAGUUCAGUUGGAGAUCUGGCAAUGUUUGAACACAAGUUAAUGGAGUGGAGAUCCUCUCUAGGUAUCGGAGAGCAGCAAAUUGAUAUGUUUACCUUGCGGGAAAAUUCAUGCAGCUCAUCAUUUUCAUCUUCGCCAACGUCGUCAAUAAGAGAAGAUCCAUCUGCGCCUGCUAUAUCUCUUUCUUUAAUUUUAAAAAACUCACCAAAGGCGAGAGACAUAGAAAAAUUCUAUGAACAAAACUUCAAGCUUCAGGAUAUACAUCGACAGGCGUUGAUCACAUUAAUAUGUGAAUAUUUUAUCGACAACCAUCUUCAUUUGAAUUUAUACACUAGCUACAUGCUAGAGGAACAAAUAUUGCAAAGAUUCAAAGGGGAAAAGCUUGAGUUUUACCGCACUGGUAAAAGAGGUAAAAUAUAUGCCAAGUUUUGCAAUUCGAAGACCUCCUCUAGAUUGGCUGUUAAAAGAUCUAUCUUUCCUAAAGCUGAAAAUGCUGAAGUAACUGAGAAAUCAAAGAAAAAACAUUUGAUGGAAUUCACUCCGGAAGUUGAUGCAGAAGAGUGUAUUAGGAGCAUCAAAUAUGAUAACUUGUCAACUUCAGAGUUCGACAGCUGUUGGCAAGCUUGUAGCCAAUUUAGACUGGAUCAAAUAUAUAAAGAGACAACUUUACACACCAUUUUUGAGGAAUGGCCGGAUUACAAGAAGCCAGGAGGUUAUCGUUUGAUUGACAAGGAUUUUGGGGUUGUUUUUCGAAAUUCCCCAGGAGUUCUUUUGAAGUAUCCAGAGCAGGCUGGCAAUCUGAGAAAGUUUUUACUAGAUGAAGAUCACCUGCGAGACAAAAAUUUACGAAAUAUGGUGAACCAAAUUGACGAAAAUGAUAUUAAAACUGAUAGUGCAGCAGUAAAAUUAUUUUGGUGUCUCCACGGCUAUUUGAUACCAACACAAAAGGGCAGCCGGAAAGAUAACUCUGGAAAAAGUAGUACUGUAAGGUUUACUAUUAAAAGCUCUCAAGAGGCUUUCCUUUUUAUUGGGUCCAGCGUACAAGAACUCGAUGACCAUAUAACAUUUUUGAAAAGCAAGUCAGAAAAUAUACAACCAUUUAUACUUGCCGUUGGGGAUAAGGAUUUUGAAAACUUUUCGAACUACUACGUUUACCUUGAUGGUAUUAAGUUCGUGUUUUCAAAUUUUUUGAGAGCAAUUGAUAUAUGUUUCAAGUGCUUCAACUUGUUUAAUUUGGAGUAUCCGUUAGCGUGCUCACAAUUAUGGACAUUUAUUGAGCACUACUUCUACGAGCUCAACAUUUCUAAAACAAAAUCCCCUAAAAUGUAUUUACUCAUCGAAGCGUUAAGAAAAAGCGCUCUGACUCAAGAUGAUGAAGUUGCAGAUUCAGAAGCCGGCCUCGGAUAUAUUUAAUUAAGUUUUAUAUACAUAUGUAC